AUGGUCUGGCCACACAAGGCCGGCUUCGGCAUCAAGCUGGUGCGAAUGGGCUGCAAGAACCGACCGUACUACCAGAUCGGCGCAAUGCCCUCACGUCGGCGGACCGGUCUUCUGCCCGACGAAGUCAUCGGCUCUCUCGAUCCCAUUCCCAAUGAACGCAACGAAAUUGUGGCCGCCGUCGAUCUGAGUCGACUUUCCUACUGGCAAGGGCGUGGCGGCAGACUCAGUGUCGGCAUGGAGACACUACUCGGGUUAGCCGGCUGGACACCGGUGCCGCCGCAUGUGUACCUCAAAGCGAAGGAGGAACGCGACAAGGAGGCCACUGCCAAGAGCAGAGAAGGUGAGGGGAAGGAAGACGAAGAACCUCAGGUGGAAAGAGUACUCCCCAAGAAGUUGCCAUUCUAG